AUGCAAAUGCAGGAGGAGAAGAAAAUGGGUUGCAGGGAGAAUGAACUUGCAGAGUGGUGCAAAACCCUGGAAUGCCGCAUGGGGGAUUUACGUAUCGAAGCCACCAAGUUAUUCAUACAAGCAAAUUGUUUUAUGGAACGUGAAGCUCUCCCUCGUCGUCUGCAACAGCUUAACAGCCUUCACGAUUCAUUGUAUUCUGAAUUUCUCCUGAUUGAAGUUCACGAGGAUCGACUCCCUGCUGAUAUUCGGUGGUUACGUGGCGUCUUCAAUACCUUCGAUUCUAUUCUGAAAAGUAUCGUCAAGAUAAUGGAGAAUGAAAGGAAGGCGAAAGAAUUGGUAGAGGGACUCCCCAUUGUAACAGUUUCAGAUUUUCAUGUGGAUGAUGGACUUUUCUGUGGAGUUUGUAGGGAUGAUUUUAUUCUGGAGGAAGAGGUUCGAGAAAUUCCUUGUAUGAUCCGACACAUAUUUCAUUCUCACUGUAUUUGGCCAUGGCUUGAGGAUCACAAUACUUGUCCCAUCUGUACCACGCCAUUCUUUACGGCCAAUGAGCCAAAAAUACUAGGAGAGGAUCGAGUGUAG